AUGACAGACAGUGAGAAGCAUGAUCAGGAUUUCCCAUCAAAAUUCACUGUUUAUGUGGUCAUAUGUUGGAUUCUUGCAGCUUUUGGUGGCUUCAUGUUCGGAUAUGAUAUUGGAAUUUCAGGUGGUGUGACAGCCAUGGAUGACUUUUUGAUCAAAUUCUUUCCUACUGUUCAUGAAAGAAAGCUUCAUGCCAAGGAAAACAAUUACUGCAAGUAUAACGAUCAAUAUCUUCAACUUUUUACAUCUUCGCUCUACCUUGCUGCCCUUGUUUCGAGCUUUGGUGCAUCAAAGGCAUGCACCAAAUUUGGCCGAAAGCCGACAAUUCUUGUUGCAUCAGUAUUUUUCUUGUUUGGAGCAGCCGUCAGUUCUAGUGCUCAAAACAUUUGGAUGCUAAUCAUUGGCAGGAUUCUCCUUGGUUUUGGGGUAGGAUUUGGCAAUGAGGCGGUUCCUCUGUUCUUAUCAGAGAUAGCACCAGUGGAGCGUCGGGGGGCUGUGAACAUCCUGUUCCAAUUCUUUGUUACAGUAGGGAUAUUCUUUGCAAAUCUAGUCAACUAUGGCACUUCGAAGAUGCAUCCAUAUGGAUGGAGAGUAUCCCUGGGCCUUGCUGGUGUGCCAGCUGUGUUCCUGUUUAUAGGAUCCAUAGUCAUCACCGAAACACCAACAAGCCUAAUUGAACGAGGAAAUAAAACUGCAGGGCAAAGCACGCUCAGGAAGAUUAGAGGAGUCGACAAUGUUAAUUCCGAGUUCGAGCAAAUUAAAGCUGCCAGUGAGAUAGCCAGGCAAGUCAGGCAUCCAUACAAGAAACUCAUGAAGCGCUCUAGCAUGCCCCCACUAAUUAUAGGCAUCCUGUUGCAAGUCUUUCAACAGCUUACAGGAAUCAAUGCUAUAAUGUUUUAUGCACCUGUCCUGUUUCAAACCGUUGGAUUCAAAAAUGAUGCUUCACUUUUGUCAGCUGUGAUAACUGGAAUUGUAAAUGUGCUUAGCACAUUGGUCUCCAUCUUUUAUGUGGAUAAGAUUGGGAGGAGGGUUCUGCUUCUUCAAGCCUGCGUGCAGAUGUUAAUAAGCCAGACUGCAAUUGGAGGAAUUUUACUAGCUUUCUUGACAACUACAGGCUCACUUACCAAAUUACAAGCAGCUUUUGUUGUGGUGCUGGUGUGUAUGUUUGUCAUGUCCUUUGCAUGGUCCUGGGGUCCUCUUGGCUGGCUGAUACCAAGUGAAACAUUUCCUCAAGAGACCAGAACUGUAGGGUUCGCCUUUGCAGUUAGCUCAAACAUGCUCUUCACUUUCCUCAUAGCUCAGGCAUUCUUAUCGAUGCUGUGUCAUAUGCGUGCCUUUAUAUUUUUCUUCUUUGCUGGCUGGAUUCUCAAAAUGGGGUUGUUUGUGUAUUUCCUGUUGCCGGAGACAAAGAAUGUGCCUAUAGAUCUUAUGGUUGAAAGAGUUUGGAAGCAGCAUCCGGUCUGGAAAAGAUUCAUGGAUUAAUGGUAAUCGUAAUUAAGUGGUAGAAGAUAAAGUCCAAUGUGAAAGAAAAAAAAGUCAAAUAAGGCAGUUUAAAGAUUUUGGUGUGUACGUAUUCUGAUUAUACCUGUUUGGAUUUUUGAAGCUUGAAGGCGUCUCCUGGAAGUAGGCAUCUUGAAUUUAUGUUUCUACUGAAUGCAACUUAUUUUAUUGAAUUAAUGAUGUUUUUUUCUUAGUUUGGUUUUGGGAGGACAGAUGAUUUGUGUUGAACGAGGUUCUAUCUCAUUUGUGAUUGGAAUAUGUAUGGAACUUGAGUUUCGGAAAUUACAGCUUACUUUCUUGAAAACCAGAAAUUACAUUUGCCUUGUG